AUGAGUGUACUUCCGCCCCUUGCAAGGGGCUUCACAGACCAAGCACAAGCAGCAGCAGCAUUGAACGCGUCAACUGACGCUUCCGCUGUCUCUCCCGCUGCUGCCGCCCAGCAGGCUGCGCCUGCUGCUGCAGGCCUCCAAGGAUGGCCGUCCUCUCCAAUGCUGCACUACCCACAGGGGGGUCCCCUGCCUUCCCACGCGCCUGUGCCCCCUGGAGCACUCGGAGCUCCCGGGGUGCCUCAAACGCCUCAGUUGGAAGCCGUAAACCUGCGAAUCUCGGCUUUAAUGGACCUGUAUCAGCAGCAGCUUGUCGAGCUGAGCGCGGCGCACUCGAUGCUCCUGACGGACCAGGAGCAGUUGGCAGCCAUGCUGGCGCCUUAUGUGGACAGUGACGGUCAUCCAGUUGUGCCUCUGAGCGACGACUUGCUCUUCAUCAAGAGGGGGCUGGAUUUGAGGCUUCUUGAAUUCCAAGAAGACUGCAGACGCAUUCAGAAAACGGAAAAUACACUGCAGCGUCAGCUGGAUGAACUUUCUCUCGGAUACGACGCAAUGGUUUUGGAGGCUCAAGGAUUCGCUGAGUCCAAAUUGAUGGGGCAAGUCAAGGACUUGAAGAAAAUCGUCACUUUGCUGCAACUCGAGUUGGACGAGUUGCGUUUCCAGCGAGACGUUUAUGCAGACGAGGCAAAGCGCCUGCGGGGCGUUUGCCGCUACGGAAACUGGAUUCAAGAUGGCCUUGCGGAUCCCUUGGAACCCCCCAAGGUAACUCCUCGGACGCUUCAUCAGAAGUACAGCGGGGCCCCCGUGCAGCACAAAGCCAAAGCCAUAAUUGGCAAGGCAAUUCAGAAGUCUGAAAAGGGUACUUACCUUUAUCGCGAGCAUGAGGGAGAAGCCUGCGAAAGCACCGAGUCUUUAGAGUGCGCCCCAGAGGAGACGCCUGUCUGGACGCGAAUCCUCUCUGGAUUAUUCCCUGGCCGUAAGGCGGACGCCAAGAUGGCCGCUAAAGGGGCCUCUAGGGGGGUUGCUGUCAAGGAUGCGCCUGUGGGGAGAAGGAAGAGUGAGAAUGACGCCGUAGAUAGGGAACAACGUCACAGGCGAAACACGACUGCCGUCGUGGGGCUUUGUUCGGUAGAUACAGCCGUGCCUCAGGGACGUAGGCCAAAAGAGGCUUUUGCGGCGCCGGGAGCCCCCCCUGAGGCAAAAAGAGACAUCGAAAGAGAGAGGGCUAGGGCCCCUGCUAGUCUUUGGGGCCCCCUACCUCAGAGCACCGCAUCAGAGAGCUUCGAGCACAGAAAGAGCGAGCGCCUCGCUAGGUCGUGCUCCCCUGAAAAAGAUUUUUCGGGAAGCGUCCCUCAAGCUCCACACUCGCACAGCGACGAGGGCCCCCAUGGGUAUCGAGAGGCUCCUGGGGCUUAUUUAAGGCACCAUACAGGGGCUUCCCGAUUACGCUCGAUGGGCAGUUCGGUCCACUCAGACGGCCCUCCCUUUGCAGACGAAGGGGGCCCGCUGGAAACUGAUGGGCACCGUAGGCGAACGUGGGGAGACGAGGAGGCCCUUCCUCAAAGAGCGGCGCCGCUAGGGGGCCUUUCCGAGAUAGGGCCGACAGAGCAGCUAUUGGGAAGGCUUCAAAGGCUGGGGUCGAGAACGAUCCCCUCCCCUCAGGUGGCGUCUCCCCGAUCGUCGUACAGGACUGGCGUGCCCCCCUCAGGGGGGGGGCCCCCCUGCAGCGCCGAAACCCCCUACUUCAGCACAAGCCAGCAGCAAAAAGAAGUGCAGCGGCGUGUGCUAUUGCUUCUUAGGCGUGACUUCGAUGCUGCCCUUGGCAGCCACAGCGAUAACACACCCCCAGCAGCAGAGCAUGCAACAGGAGCAAGAGAAGCAGAGGAGGCAGCACCGCUACCCCCCGCAGCAACAGUGCUGCGCCUGCGUUUAUCCCGUCGAUUCUUGGACGAUCGCUCCGAACGAAUGAUUCUUUUGGGAACCGCCAACUUUCUAGCCACCCUUGGACGGAGUCUAGGCUUGUCCUUAGACUGCAUUUGCGCGGCCUUGUGCUUCUUCUACCUGGGUGCUGAGCGGCAGCAAGAGCAGCAGCAAGAGCAGCAACAAGAGCAGCUCCGCCUGACAAACAGGAAGGCUGCAGCUGCAGCUGCACUUCUCCUUGCGUGGAAGUUGCUUGAUGACAAUGAUCCCGUCAAGAGUCAGAGAAGGGUGCAGUGUCUCGCCAGGGCUUUCUACAGAGUUUCGCAACGACAAACAGCAGUCCAAGUGGCUGCAGCCUAUCGCUUGUUACGAGAGCAGCAGCAGCAGCAGCAGCAGCAGCUGCUGUCGAGGGAGCCAAUAGAAUCGCAGCAGGAGGAAAACUCUCAGCAUUCGCUACACGAGGCGCAGCAGGUGCUGCAGCAGCUCGUAUCCUCGUCGUCUGUGUGGCUGCUUCGAGACGGGGGUGUUUGCUCUAGGCAUCUUAGCAGCCUUAUCAAGCAAAAAGAAACAUUGCUGCUUCAGUCUAUAUCCUUCAGGCUAGGACGCCCUCCACUCCCCUUUGCUGCGCUUGGGAGACACGUCAAGCUUUUUCUACAGCCUUGCAGCACGAGCGUUUGCAGCAGCAGCAGCUGCUGCUGCAGCCGCUGGUCUCAGAAAGGUGCUGCGUUCGCUGCUCUGCUGCAUGCCUUAGAAUAUCGCAGCAGCGAAGAGCUGCUGCUGUUGUACUGCACGCCUCUGGCGCUGGAAUUGGAAGCUCCUCUUCUUGCAGCUGCGGCUCCCAUUGCAGCUGCCAUCGCCUUCGAUUUGCCUUUCGGGGGUCCUUCCUCGAAGCUGCCUGAGCAAAGUGCACAAGGCGCUGUGCCCCCAGCUAAGAGAACCAAGCGGGAGGAGGAAGAAUUGCGUGCAGCCGCAGGUGCUGCUGCCGCUGCCGCUGCUCCUUCUGCUGCUGCUGCCGCUGCUCCUUCUGCUGCUGCUGCCGCUGCUGUGCAACAGCUGGCCGCCUUUGAUAGACAUGUCCGCCACUACCUCUCGGCAGCCGCUCUCCUUUCGCACGUUCCUAGUGGAGCGGCGCCAGAAGGCGACGACGCAAAAGGAGCAGCACCACGUGCAGGUGCUAGCGGAAGAGUACCAGGCUUCUCAGCGGACCUGCACCCUCAGAGGGUGCAGCAGGUGCUUCGCUUGCUGCGUCAGUGCCGCGUGUGGCAGUUCGACUUGCUGCAUGCACGACCCCGCAUUCGGCUGGGAACAGGGCCCCCUUGA